AUGUUAUUGUGCUCCCCUCCCCCAACAGCCCCAUCCGCCCCCCCUCAGGAUGUACACCUGGUCAGCCUGAGCUCCACCAGCCUCAAGGUGAGUUGGGUGGCCCCGCCCGCCGCUAGCCGCCACGGCGCCAUUGUGCGCUACACAGUCAGCUACCAGGCCAUGGCGGGGGAGGACACGGAGCGGCAUGAGGUGCCAGACAUCGGAGCAGACGCCUCCAGCCUAUUGCUGGAAGGCCUGGAGAAGUGGACUGAGUAUCAGGUGUGGGUGAGGGCUCACACUGACGUGGGCCCGGGCCCCGAGAGUGCCCCAGUGAGGAUGAAAACCAGAGAGGAUGUGCCGGGAGCACCCCCCAGGAGGCUGGAGGUUGAGGCCAUUAACUCCACAGCAAUCCGGGUAACCUGGAAGCCGCCCCUGCAGGGGAAGCAGCACGGCCAAAUCCGAGGCUACCAAGUCAUCUUCUCUCGGCUGGAGAACGGUGAACCUCGUGGCCAGCCUAACAUCAUGGACGUGGCUCUGCCAGAGGCACAGUGGAAUAUUGAGGAGUGCACCGAGCAUGUGAGUAACCCUCUUAUUUUAUUAUAA